CGGCGCCAUUUCGGGAAGAGGCGGCUUUUUUCCCCGUUUCAAACGUUUUUCGGGCGGGAGGAAGAGGCGCCGACUGAAGCGGAAACAUGUCUAGCGGUUCCAGGAAUCCAAUUUGGUGAAAUGUGUAAUGGCUUGCUUGAUUAAAAAAGGCAGCGUCUACUCUCCGGAAUCAACUGUUUCUUGUCUUCUGGCAGAUUGUAGCCUUAGCAAUAGUAGUUGCUCCUUGAAAUCCCACAGUUCAAUUCAGUACAAGGACAGGCUCUAUAGGUCUGCAUCUCAAGCAUUGGAGGCCUAUAUUGAAGAUUUCGAUCUCAGCCUUGCAUCGCCAGAAGUAAGACCUGGAAAAAUCUGCAUUACGCAGAGUACUCGUAAAGACCUAAGGUCCUUGGAGGGCAGUUUCAAGCGCAAAUAUGCUUUGGAGAAAUUUGAGCAGCAAGCCAUAUUAGGGUCAGUUGUGCCACAUCUGAGGAGAAAAAAUGCCUAUGAUGCAGAUAUGCUUAGUCUCACUACUGAUGAUCUUCUAGCAUUCCCUGCAGAUGGUUCUUUACCUUUUAUCCAUGCUGCUGCCUUAAGACCUGUGCCUCAAAGUAUCAACCGGAACAGGAAGUCGUUGACAGCAUCUGCUUCCUGUGCUCAUCAGGCUUCAUCCUUUGGCAAUGAAAAAGCAUCAAAUUUUCCUGAAAAUCCAGGUUCCCCUUCAUAUCAACAGUCUUGCAGAAAUGUGAACACACAACACAGAUUUCACAGAUAUGACUCUGGGCAUUCUGUGAAGGACCACCUCAUGGAAGAAGACAGCUCAGAGUCUGUAUUUCAUAAGAACUAUCCAAGGUGGCUUACAAGCCAGAAAUCUGACUUAAGUGUUUCAGGGAUAAGCAGCAUUCCCAAUUUCAAGUAUCCAAUCUGGCUGAAGAGUCAUAAUCUCUUGCCGGAGUCAAGCAGUGAAAGUUCUACCUGGGCUCCAGGUGGAGAGGACAGUCCCCCAUUUUUGCAAAAUAGCAAGACACUGAUGAGGAGUCAAAAUGAUGUGGAAAGGUCAAACCACCCUGGAUGUUCUGGACAUAACGAUUUGUUGGACCAACAGCAUGAGCAUGAAGUUCAGAGAAGCUGCCACUAUGAUAUCCCAAGUGCCUAUUUCACACCUCGGGGCUUAAAACUCAGGCAUUCAUUUGCAGAUGAGGGUACUGAUCUACUACUUCAGAAGACAAGGGGGACUCGGGAGACUUCUGCUGACGAAGUAACCAAUGUGCUGAAAAAUGAUGGCAGCCCUUGUACAGUGGAUGUGUUAGAAGCAGAAAGAUCAUGGGAUAAUGUUCCUAUUGGUUUGAAAACUCCAGUACCUGUGUGUUGUGAGGAGGAGACCUUUCUGCAAACCCCCAAAGCAGGCAUUGUUAAUGAAUUUUUGGAAGAUUGUUUAAAGAAUGUCGGCCAGUUCCAGGAGGACACAUUUUCUGGAGGCAAUCAUCAUGGCCCUGUGGAAGCUUUGAAGCUAAUGCUGUUUAAUCUUCAAGCAGUUCAGCACAGCUUUAACCAGAACACAACUGCUGGACAAAAAGAGGAAUUGAAGAAAACUUUUUUAGAUGAAGAUGAGGAAUUUGAACUGCAUGAUCAUGAUAUCAUCCCUGUAGAAAAGUCACUUCAGAGGGCUUUACAUCAUUUAUAUCGACUUAAAGGUCUGGUUGAUGAUACAAGUGGCGAAGAAUAACCAAAAAACCAGUUAUCAAGACAUGAAGCAUACAUUGUUAUAAAUUUGUGAACUGGGGGAAAUUCCUAGGGCAGUCUCUUAAUCAAGACCUGGACAUUCAUGGGAUAAAUACUUAUCAGACUUGAGCGUAUGCCUACCACUUCAGCUCAACUGUGGUUUGAUGGAUGUUCUCUGUUGAAAAAAAAUUGACUUUUCAAAAACUUGCCCAAGCUCAUUGAAUGGGCUGGUGGCACUGAGUGGAAUUUGGGGCUCCCUCUUCUUCUCCACUCCCACAAGCAACUGACUUCAUCCGCGCUGUAUGCCAUAAGAAGCCUUUGCAAGUGCCCUGCGUUCUGUGCAGCAUGAGCUGCUUGGGGAAAGCCAACUCGAAAGCCCUGCUUGAAUUCUCAGGUUUCACUGUUCUCUAGCACAACAGAGACAAGGAUCCAAAGGAUUAAGUGUCACCCACAGGCUAUCAAAGCUAACCUUGGGAAUGCAGCAAAUCAAGAUCAUCAAACGAGAAUGUCACAACAGCCUUAUUACAGAAAUUGCUUUUUGUUUGUCGAUUUACUGUGUUUACAUGGGUGGGAAGGUGAUCUUCAGAAUACAAGCUGCUUUCCUUUCACUUUUAAUCAUGCUUGGCAUCAUAGGAUUAAAUUUCAGCAUAGUAAAACAUAUACCCGAGGUUUCUAGGAUGGCACAUUCUGGGAAACCAUAAUAGUCAAGCUGUGAUGUCUCCCGCUCUCUGCCUGGAAGUGCUAUGCUAUAGGCUUGGGAAACUAUGAUGAAAUCCAGGAGUUUUCAUAGAAAUGUGUAUUACAGCUCUUUGUUCUUGAGAAUGAGGGCAGUUAAAAAUGUAAGUUCUCACAAAGUAUACCCAUAUGAAGCUGCUCAAAUAUCUUUAAAAGUGCCUUUUUCCCACAUAGGUUGGAAUAUCAUUUGUUACCCCAAGACUGCGGGAAUAUUUUUUAAAAAUGUAUAAAGAUUGAUGCUGCUGGUGCCAGGCACUUGGCUAUAUUUUCAGCUAAUGUUACCAUCCCUAAUCCUUGGUCUUGAAUAAAAAAAUGUUCAGCCUCUCUUUCAGUGCAACCCUAAGCAUGCCUGUUCUGCUGUCUAACUGAGGGUCUACCAUCAUGGGCUUGUGGAGUUUAGCCUGUGCUGAAAUUUUAAUGCCCAAAUUUCUAGCUCUUGGUCUCAUGAAUGAAGGGCAUUCUUCAUCUAACUUUUGAGCUACUUGGGUAAUGGAUACUAUGGGUUGCAGGUUGUGUUUGGGGCUGCAGCCAAGAGGUGCUUCCCAAACAAAAAAACGUGUGCGCUGUUUUUGGAAACCAGUUUGAGUUGCCUGUUUAUAAAGCAAAAAACAAAACAAAAACCCUGCUCUUUGAUGUGCUGAAGGAGUAUAUGAAUUGUCCUUAAGUUGGAUCAGAAACCUGAGCAUCAGCUGAACAAUAUUUGUGUGCUUUUUCAAAUCUGGGGGGGGGGGGCUUUGAGAAAACAAGACACAUGGGUAAGAUGUUCAACAUGCUAAAUGAAAGUUUUGCUUUUCCACCCCCAGGCUUUGCUUAGAAGCCUUCCUGGUAUGUUGCAUUAAUGGAUCUUUCUCUAAUCCAAUAGAGCACUAGGCAAGGAGAGAAGGUUGUUCCACAAAAUCCACAGGGAAUCUAAUUACAUGCAGUGAGUUCCUUUUGUCUUAAAUUUCAUAGCCAACAUAUUAAUUAUAUAAUUUCAUAUAUUUCAUAUUUCAUUGGCCAAAGUAUUUUUUACCUUAUCCUUCAGCCAGAAAGGUUCAUAUAGUGAUUUACAUAAAUUCAGCAAAACAUGGACAGU